UGUCCCAUCUUCCCCCACCCUACUAUAUAGCGUAUUGUGAUGGCAGAGUUGCUUUGUGUAUAAGGGCGGGUUCUCGCUAUAAUACUGCCGAUGUCUGGGGAUACAAGCAACUAAAUUUCGAACACAACUUCGGCACUAUCUGUUCUCCCACGAUCAAACAGGAAACAGCUAUGUGUAUAACUAAAGUAAAGAGGUAGAAUACGCCUGUGUCUAAGACGGUUACUUGUAUUUUAUUUUACAUUGAAGUAACACGAGGUUAUAGGAAUUUGACCACAGGCAAAACAAUGGAGUUAAAAAGUUUAUACCAAGAUAUUGAAAUACCAAAACGAAACUUUGUAAAAUAUAUUUUGGAAACAAUUGAAGACUAUGGAAGUUCAACAGCUUGGAUCGACGACGACCAAGAUGGGAAAGUUUACUCAUUUCUUACGAUUCGUGAAUCGGUUUUAAAAUGUAGCGACUCGUUUCACAAAGAUGGCGUUUGUCCUGGUGACGUGGUUGUAGUAAUGGGGAAGAACAAACCAGAGCAGAGAAUCCUUACACUAGCUGCUAUGUAUUGUGGGGCGGUAGUGUUCCCUUGUAAUUAUUUGUCUUCGGCAGAAGAACUACAACGACUGUUCAGAAUACAAAAACCAGAUUUAUUCAUUGUCGAUACAUGGUGCUUCGAAAUACUGAAUGACGUCAGAGGGGAAAUAACUGAUAACAAAAUAUACGUCAUAGGGGAAUCAAGCAAGCACAAGACGUAUAAACAAAUACUUGACAAUGGUUUACUUGACGGUUCGAGAAUAUGUACCGGCGAAGACGAUGCAAUAAUCAUGUUGGUUUGUUCUAGUGGAACUACUGGUCCACCAAAGAUUAUUCAAAUCAAUAGUUAUUCUGUUGAAGCUGGUUUGGCAAUGUUGCGAGCAACUUACAAAACCGCACGGUCACACAUCAUUUACUCCAUGACAUCAAUGUACAAUAUCGGAGUGUUAUACCUCACUGCUGAAUUCCUUUUACAAGGUUGUGCUUUGGUAUUCACACACAGCCCGACAGCUCAAUCAAUGCUAGCUGCUGUUGAAAAGUACAAGAUAACAGGAAUUAUCGGGUUACCCCCAAUACUGGUUGACGUCAUCAACCAAGACGUAGCAAAGGAUUAUGACAUCAGAACAUUGGAUUACAUCUUAGUAGGCGGUGCUCCAUUUGCAGAAGCAUUAAAAUCGAUUUUGAAAAAAAAACUUAAUCUUUCAGCUGUCAUCGAUGGUAAGAGUACUUAAUUGUUACAAAACAAUGAUGUAUAUUCACUAGUACUAUAACGACUGUCGUUGCCCCGUCGUGUGGAAUAAACAAUUUUUUAGCACGGUAAUCG